AAAACAUUUGACUUUGGCGUCUAUUUUUUACUAUCGCCCUCAUUCCUUUAAACUGACAACUCUUACCUAACUUUCAAGAAUCGAGGUCAGUGAAAUCAAUUCGGAUUUUGCUAUCAAAAUGUAUUGGCUACUGAUGCGACACAUAUUGCCGGGAAUUCAAAAUAAACGAUACAUUUAAAAAGCAAAUGACUGUAGCUUCUGUUCAAAUGAUCUAUGUCUCGUGAAUUGUACAGAUGACAUAUUUAGGAGGAAUCGGUUGUGCACUUGUUGGACUAGGCCCUUGUCUAGUUCUCUUCCUUUUUACAAUAGUCAAUAAUCCUAUAAAAGUUAUUCUACUUACAGCAAGUGGCUUUUUCUGGUUACUAUCAUUACUCACAACAUCACUGAUAUGGUUUAUUGCUACUCCUCUUCGAGGAUAUCUUGCAUUUGGAAUUCUUAUUGGUGUGCUAGUACAAGAAGUGCUAAGAUUUCUUUUCUUUUUAUUAGUUAUUAAAGCUGAAUCUGGUCUUCAAAUUAUUGUCAGUACUUCAAAUCCACGAAGGUCACAGCCUUCUUCACAAAGACAAUCUCAUCUGAGUGAAAAUAUUACUAAUAGUAAUGCUAAUAAUCAAAAUAAUAAUAAUAAUAACACCACUGAAGGUGAGACAAUAGAUCUAUUAAGAAACAGAGUCGUCAUAUCACCAACUCCUUGUAUAACAUCAAUCACUAAUGAUCCUACAGGCGAUACCAAUAAUCAUAAUAGCAAUAAUGAUAAUAAUGGUAAUUGCAGUGUUGUCAGCAGUCGUCUAGCACUUGAUCAUCAUAUUAUCGCAUAUGUAUCCGGUUUAGGCUAUGGUUUAAUGAGUUGUCUAACUCAACUAUUACGUAUAUUGAUUGAUUCUUUUGGACCUGGAAUUCUGAUGCAUACAACAUCAUGGGAUUCUAAAACAUUCUUUCUGACAGCAUCAUUUGAUGUUAUGUGUAUGUCAAUGCUUCAAGUAUUCUGGUCACUGAUACUCUUCAAUGCUUUCUUAAAUCGAUUAUAUGGACAAAUGAUUUUUGUAUACAUAAUGCAUAUGGGAUUAGCUGCUUUAUCAUUAAUGAAUUCGUUUACCACACCAUUCCCUGAAUUGGUCUGUACAAUGUAUGCAAUUUCAUUAAUCGGAAUAAUUGCAUUCUCAUAUAUUCAAUUUCAUAAAGGAUCAUCUACUUAGGUGGAGGAUAAUUUAAAUACGACUCAUUUUCCUUGUUAUCCUACUAUUCAUAAGAUGGAUCAUAUUUCUGUACAUAAAAAAAGGCCAACAAAAGUCACACGAAAGAAUCCCGGUUAUGACCGAACUCUCCUUUCGACGAAUUACUUUCUUAAGUAUAUCUUGUCAAAUUAAAAUAAUGAAGUACAUUAAAUGAAUCAAUGAUCUUUACCAAAAACGGUGAUGACAAUAAUGAUAAUAAUAAUAAUCAUAAUAAUGAUUUUGUUUUAAAAAUCCGUUUUAUGUAUACACACAUUUCUUUUUUCUAAGACUUGCAUUUGCGCGUAUUUUUACUCUCAUAACUUUUUUUUAUAUAUUGUUGUGUCCAUUGUAUCCUCAUACAUUUCAAAUAAACCAAAUUUUUCUAGUG